UAAACUUAUUAAAUAGAUUUUGAUGUUCUGAAAACAAUUAUACUGUCACUGGAAGCCAUUUUAAAGUAAAGUGUGCAUGCCCAAAAAAUUUCCGCAACAGAACUCAAAGGCGGUUGAGGCCAAUGCCCGCAAAAGCGCUGCAAAAGAUGCGAAGCUAGCAGCCGAAGAGACGGCCAAGAAAGAUGCACAGUGGGCCGACGAUGACAAGCACGUAAAAAAGAAGGAAGAAAGGAAACUGGCAAAAGAGCAGAAGAAGAACGAGAAACAAGAAAAGAAGCAAGAGAUAUCAAAGCUACUUGAAUAUGAAGAAGCAAGUGUCGGGGGGAAGUCAUCUGCUUCGGCGGCUUCCGCGCCAAGAAUGACGAGACAUGAAAUAAUGGUAGCACAGCAGCAAGAAAGUGCAAAAGAUGGUAAUAGUACACAAGGAUACAAGGGCGAGGAUGAAGAUGAUGAUCGAGAUUUGAUGCGAAACAUGAACAGAGAGAUCGGAAUCAACGAUAGUGGGGCACGAAAUGUGGAUGAGGCUCUGGCACAGCUUGCUUUGGGUGAUAGCAGCGGUGGCGCAGUUGACCAACAUCCGGAGAAGCGGAUGAAAGCGGCGCUGAAGAGUUACGAGAAAGGACGGCUUCCUGGGUUAAAGGUCGAACAACCGGGUCUGAGACUGUCGCAGUACAAAGAGGUAAUAUGGAAGGAAUUUCAGAAGUCGCCUCAAAAUCCGCUAAAUCAGUGAAGACAGGAUGUGUGUUGAUUGUCGUGGCGUCAUCGGCGACGAUUUUAGUUAUCAUACACAGUUGAUACCAGUCUGGUUCUUAAUGAAUUGAUUAUUGUUAAAUGCGAUAUAAGUAUGUAUUUAAAGAUUGAACUUUC